AAAGAGAACUCCUCAGCAUGAAGUAUGUCAAUGAAACUAGCAUCGAGAAUGUGGAAAACAUUAUUGAGAAACUGGGACUUUCAAUGACAUCUUAUGUACUGGUGCUUAUCCUAAACUUGGUGAUAGUAGGUGUUGGACUUGUUGGAAACAUUUUUGUACUCUAUUCAUCACUGAAGCACAAAGCAAUCAAAGUGGACAAAAUAUCUCUUCUGCUCUUGGAAGCACUGACCAUGUCAGACAUAGCCAUAAUAACCCUUUAUUUUUCUCCCAUGCUGAUUACUUUGUGUGGAAAAAAGUGGGUAUUGGGAUUGGGUGUAUGUUUUGUGACUGGAUUGUUGUCUGAGGUUCCUUUCUAUUUUCAAAUCAUGGUAAAGACAAUUGUAUCAUGCUAUCGCUUGAGGGUCUGCAUGAGCAACAUAUCAUUGCGAGGAACUGGAAUAGGUAAAAUAUUCCUUGUCAAAAUGGGAAUUCUUGCACUCUUGGUUCCUUCUUUAGCACCAGCUAUUGUCUUUCUUGCACACAAGUCAAACUCUGUCUUCAUACCACAGAUUCUGAGGUGCAUGUCGGCUCAUUACAGCAAAGUAAAUGGAAAUAGCAAAGCUUACAAACACAUUACAAUGUUGACAGCUACUUUUAUAGCAAUUCCAACAGUCAUUAUCCUAGUGUCAAAUAUAUCAAUAUGGGUUACAGUGAAGAAGAGCCAUAAUAGAUCACGUCGUGGAAGCAACAACUCAACGAAAAACAACCAGGGAAGGGACAGGAGAAUGGAUAAAACUGCACUCAUGUUAACACUGAUAUGCUGUACUUUUGUGCUCUGCUACAUACCCACUUUUAUAAAAUUCAUUUUAUACAAUAUGGGAUAUGAGACAUCAUUGUUUAUGUAUUUAUUCCACAGUUAUGCAUUAUCACUAAACAGUAUAGUGAACCCAUUUAUUUAUCUCAUAACAAAUGAACACUUUAGAUCCUUUGUGAAAGACUUUUUCCAGAACAUCGCCAAUGAGAUUACUUCUAAUUCUAGCGAUGAAAUUGUCCAUAGUACACCCGCAAAAUGAAGUACAACAUGCUUGAGUAAACUGAAAAAGAUAUUUUGAUAAAAAAUUCCUUCAUUAGAAAUUGUAUUUUAUUGAUUGGAAUAAAUGUCUAUUUAC